AUGCCUGAGACCCCACCAAAGCCUGUAGCUGAGCCAAAGACUGCACCAGUGGAAGAAGCCGAGUCAGAAAAUGAUGAACCUGAAGCAUCACCUCCUGCAGUUCACCCUGAGGUGAACACACUAGUCAAGCCACCAGAGGUCAGGGUACCAUUCCCCCAAGUGCUGCAGAAGAAGAAGGAUGAUCAGUUCUCCAAAUUCUGGGAGAUCUUCAAGAAGGUGCAGAUUAACAUUCCGCUGAUUGAGGCACUGCAGCAAAUGCCUGGAUAUGUUAAGUUUCUCAAGGAGGCUGUCUCCAAAAAGAAGAAGUGGGAUCAUCAUGAGACCGUCAAUUUGACGGAAAACUGUAGUGCAAUUUUGCAAAGGAAGUUUCCGGCCAAGAUGCAUGAUCCGGGAAGCUUUACUAUUGAGUGCACUAUGGGAGAUCAUUUUGUGGAGAAUUCCUUGUGCGACCUUGGAGCCAGCAUUAACCUCAUGCCCUUGUUCUUUUAUAACAAGAUGAAGAUUGGCCAGUUGAAACCCAUAUCCAUCAACGCUGCAGAUGGCUGA